CUUGUGUUGCGUCGGAAUCUCCGGGGUCGUGAAGGCGUGCAUUUUCUUCCGUGCGUGCGUGUUGCCUGCGGCGCCUGCGGUGACGGGCCAGCGUGCGUGCAUUUCGCGCUCUUGACAUUUACAUCUUACGUCCCUUCGUCCCGUUUCCCCGGAGUGCGUGUGCACGCUAGUGGUUCAGCAGAGAAGAGUUUCAACUUUGGUUUGGAGGGUGACUCGCCCUCGCAGCGACUCCUGAGCCUCCACCAUUAAACCAAAACCGCAGGCGAAUGACGUCCUCCGGCGAAGUGAUAGCCCUUGAGGGCGCCGGGGCCGGCGCAGACCCCAUCAUCUUCAAAACCAACUUCAAGCCGAAGAAGCACUUAAAGCAUCGCCCGUAUUUCAUGGACCCAGCCAUAGUGCCCAGAGUUAAACAGUAUUUAGAAGAGAACAAAGAUAAAGUAUAUGUUGACAUUGAUGAUAUGGUUACUGCUCUCCAACGAAAAUACAGAGAGUACGGAAAGAAGAAACGAAUGGCGUUUAAAAGUAUUGUUGAGAAAGCUUUUUCUGUUGUGUUAAAGAAUUACAGUUUAAAUGAUGAUGAGCUGCAAAAUGCUCUUGGAUCAGAAUCAUCAAGUGACAUGGAAAUUGAAUCAGACGAUGAAGUUGAUCUUAUUGUUGAUACAAACAAUUCAAGUAAUGAUCAGAUUGUAAACAUGUACUUGCAGCAGCAACCUCAAAAGUCUAUAAGGAAACACAACAAUGAAGGAGCUAAAGAACUGAUAGACAUUAGCAGCGAUGAUGAAGACCAAGUGCCUGCCAAGCGGUCUAAACAAGCAGAUACAACAAGCAACAGUGAACCUAUAGUGCCUUUACCCCAAAUUCCUCAGUCUCCCAAAACUACAAAUGGACAUGCCACUCCAAAGGAAGUUGCUGUAACUCGUGAUGUAACUAUUACUGCCGUUCCCCCUGCCACUGUUGCACCUGUUGUUGCCUCUACUGUUCCUUCCGUCGCUCCUUCAGUCACCCCUUCAGUUGUACCGGAAAGACCAAAACGGAAGCGUCCCGUAGCAGAUGGGGGUGCUAGCUCAACACCCUCUCUCAAUGGUGAUGUGUCCAAAAGGAGGAAAGACUUUCCUGUCACACGUCCUUGUUGUUCUUUCAAGGAUGUAGGAGGGAGUACUAAAGUUCUCCAGGAAGUAUGUAAAUUACUAGUGCAUUUACAACAUCCUGAGAUUUUUGAGCAAAUUGGUGUUACUCCACCUCGUGGAUUUCUACUUCAUGGCCCUCCCGGCUGUGGCAAAAGUCUUCUCGCAAAUGCGAUUGCUGGUGAACUUCAAAUUCCCAUGUUGAAGGUUGCAGCCCCAGAAAUUGUUGCAGGAGUUUCUGGUGAGUCAGAAGAACGAAUACGUGAUCUCUUUGACCAAGCUGCAUCUAUUGCCCCAUGCGUACUUUUCAUUGACGAAAUUGAUGCUAUAACUCCCAAUCGAAAUAAUGCCCAGCGUGAAAUGGAACGGCGCAUUGUUGCACAACUUUUAACCACUUUGGAUGAGCUUAGUGAGAAAGAAGGUGGAAAUCAAGUGUUGGUUGUUGGCGCAACAAACCGCCCAGAUUCUCUGGACCCUGCUCUAAGAAGAGCUGGUCGGUUUGAUCGAGAAGUUUGUAUGGGUAUUCCUGACCAGGGAGCAAGAGCCCACAUUUUGAGAGUUGUUUGCGGUCGUUUGGCAUUAGCCCCAGAGGUAUCCUCUGAUGCUGGCAUCAAUGAGCUGGCAUCUCUCACUCCUGGCUUUGUUGGUGCAGAUCUUGCCUCAUUGACCCGAGAAGCUGCUAUGGUUGCUGUUAACAGAGUAUUUUCCCAGCUAGAAGCAAAAGAAAAGGAAGGAAAGGAAGCUGACAUUAAAGAAGCAAAAGAAAAGGAAGCGGACAUUCAAGUUCAACCUCAGACCAUUGUACCUGAGGGCAAUGAUAAAAUUGAGGGGCCAUCAGAAAUUUUAGAGACUGAAAGCAAAGUGGACAAUUGUGACAAAGACAACUCAGUGGUUGAUCAAGAAGCAAUGGAUACCUCUGAAGUGGUUCAAAUUACAACAUCAACCGAAAACAUACCAGAAGUUGCUCCUGAGUCGUCAGACACAGUAACUUUAAUGGAGGGAGAUAAUGAGACUGUUUUAACUGGGGAAGCGGUGGUUGAGAAUAAUGCAAUAUAUGAAGAGGUGAAGAUUGAUGAGGCUGUCAUAACAGAAGAGCAGAAUGAAAAUGUGGAAAAAGAAACUAUUGUUGAUGGCGAUAAGGCAGGAGAAAGUAUCAUUCCACCCCAAACAGAUGCUCCCUUACUAUCAACAGAGGUUGUCGAUAUAACUCCUGAGAACAGCAAUAAACUUCAAAAUGUCAGUCAAAAACCCCAUGAUGAUAUUGAAGUUAUGGAGGUAGCAGUUGCCAGUGGUGGUGAUGAAACACCAAAGCCUUCUGUGAAUCAAUCAGAUGAGGUUAAAGAGAAAGAGUUGGCACUUUCACAAAAGUUACAGCCUUUAUCCAUUUGGUCACCAGAGCUUUGCCAGCUGAUGGCCUGGCUUCACAACUCUCCCCUUACAGCAGCACAGCUGGGCGACCUGACAAUCACUAUGUCAGAUUUUCAUGAGGCUCUUCACCAUGUACAACCGUCCGCCAAAAGGGAAGGUUUUGCCACUGUUCCUGAUGUAACUUGGGAGGAUGUUGGCUCUUUGGCUAAUGUCAGGGCAGAAUUGCAACUGUGUGUCCUGGCACCUGUAAGGUAUGCAGAGCAGUACUCUCAGCUGGGACUGAAUGCGCCGACUGGUGUGUUGCUGUGUGGACCUCCUGGAUGUGGUAAAACUCUUCUUGCAAAAGCAGUGGCUAAUGAGGCUGGCAUAAACUUCAUUUCUGUCAAGGGACCUGAACUUCUAAACAUGUAUGUUGGUGAAAGUGAGCGUGCUGUUCGUCAAGUUUUCCAGAGGGCACGAAAUUCUGCUCCUUGUGUGAUCUUCUUUGAUGAACUUGAUGCCCUCUGUCCAAGGCGUUCAGACUCCGGUGAUAAUGGAGUUAGCAGCAGGGUUGUGAAUCAGCUUUUAACAGAAAUGGAUGGUGUUGAAGGCAGGUCAGCUGUGUACCUGAUGGCUGCAUCUAACCGGCCUGACAUAAUAGACCCAGCAGUUUUGAGACCAGGCCGACUGGACAAAAUAAUUUAUGUGGGAUUGCCAAAUGCUGAAGAUCGGAAAGAUAUUUUAAGAGCAUUAACCAAGAAUGGAACAAAGCCUCUGUUGGCUUCUGAUGUUAAUUUAUCAGAGAUUGCAAGCAGAGUUGAAUUGGAGGGUUACUCAGGUGCUGAUUUGGCUGCUCUUGUAAAAGAAGCAGGUGUUCAUGCAUUGCGAGAGUUCAUUGCAACAGGAGAAAAUCCACAAGCUGGUCCCCUUUCUGUAGCCAUCAAACAUUUCAACUCAGCUGCAGCCAAAAUCAGGCCAUCAGUGACAGGAAAGGCUCUGAAGCAUUAUGAAAAGCUCAAGGAGAUGUACGGCACCCCUUCACCUGAAGAAAAACCUAAACCUACGGAAACGUCUUAAAGACUCUUUCCUAUUGUGGGAAAACAAUAGUGUGAAUAUGCACCUUCUUAUAUUUCUGAUUAGGCCACAUAAUUUUUAUUUGUAUGGAAAAGGUUUUGUUGUCAGCACAUCUGUUUUUGCAGUCCUGUGCACCACUUGCUUCAUUUAAAGGUUUGACCAUUGUUUGUUUGUUAGAUUUGAAAUAUGCAAAUAGUGUGGAUUAGUGUUCUUUUUGUUCAAUAAGUGUAAAUAUUUUGGUAACAACAAUUUUAUUCUUAAAAAUGAUGGCCCGUUUAAAUGAAAUGUAUCUAAGGAAUCUAUAAAUUGACUCUGAUUACCAUGCUUACUGCACAGGAUAGAGAAGUUGGUCUUAUUAACAUCAAAUGUUAAAAGUCUGUAGUGCUGGGCAGUAAACAUGUUAGCUUAUAUUUAUACUGCAUUUAAUCAAGGAUUAAAAAUUUGUUAUAAUGCAUUUUAUGCCCCUGCCCAA